UAUGUAGAUCUUUCCAUUUGCUCUCUCUCUCUCUCUCUCUCUAGACUGAGAGAAAGACUAAUCUAUCUCUUGAUUGUACCCAUUUCUUAUCUUCACAGUAUCCUAAAAAAGUAGGGUUACUUGCUCCUCAUGUAUAAAGAGGAAAGGAGAGCUGAUGCCCUUGAUCACAAGUCACUGGAACCAGUAGUCUUAUAAAUUUUAUGGCAAUUGCUGCAACAAACAUGAGUAGCCAAGAUGAUCGCGAAAACAGCAACAACUACAACAACAACAAAGACGAUGAUCAUGAACAUGACCUGGUCAUGCCAGGGUUUCGGUUCCACCCGACCGAGGAAGAACUCAUAGAAUUCUACCUUCGUCGUAAGGUCGAGGGAAAGAGAUUCAGCGUUGAACUCAUCACUUUUCUUGACCUCUAUCGCUAUGACCCUUGGGAACUCCCUGCCAUGGCAUCAAUUGGAGAAAAGGAAUGGUUCUUCUAUGUGCCUAGAGAUAGGAAGUAUCGAAAUGGGGAUCGACCAAACCGCGUGACAACUUCUGGAUACUGGAAGGCUACUGGAGCGGAUAGAAUGAUCCGUAGUGAAAAUUUCAGGUCGAUUGGCCUGAAAAAGACUCUUGUUUUCUACUCCGGGAAGGCUCCAAAAGGCAUCCGAAGUAGUUGGAUCAUGAACGAGUACCGUUUGCCUCAUCAGGAAACCGAAAGAUUACAGAAGGCAGAAAUCUCACUUUGUCGCGUCUACAAGAGACCCGGCGUGGAAGACCAUCCAUCACUCCCUCGCUCGCUCCCCACCACGAGGGCAUCCUCGUCAAGAAAGCAACACGCGGCCGAGACCAGUACUCACGCUGCCGCCGAGAAACCAUUCCAAGCCUUUGGAGGAUCAAAUCCUCAAGCACUGGAAGAGGGAGGAGAAAAAAUGAGCGAAACCAGCGCGAGCAGCAGCACGGAGAUCGGCAUGAGCAGCCUAGGGUUCCCAAAGCACAUGAACCCUUACAUGAAUGCAUUGCCCUCAAUUCCCUCCCCAAUUGCACCACCACCAUUGACUCCAAUGGAAGGUUGCUCCAAUAUUUUGGUGCCACAGAAUAGUAUCAGUCAAGUUGAUGAUCUCCAAAGGCUAAUAAGCUUCCACCAACAAGCUUCAGUGAGUGCUCAGCAGCAGCAAGAGUUCUAUCAUCUCUACCAUCAUCCUUCAAAUUUCCCCCCAGUGUUUCAGCCACAAGUACCACUCAACAACUCUGAUAGGCUCUGGGAGUGGAACCCAUUAGCAGAGGGGAACAAAGACUACUUCUCUACCCCUUUCAAGUAAUCUAGAUAUAGGAUCACUGGACAUAUAUUAAUUAAAUUAGGUUUAAAAUAUAAUAUUGUAUUCUGUAGUUAGAUAUAUAAAUCUUGAUGCUUUAUUUGAUAGUACUGAUUUGACUAAGUUUUAAUUUGUAUGAUCCUAGCCUAUGCACUUAUUAAUUAGUGAAUGAUGGUGUUACCUAGGGUUAGUUUAAA